UCCAAGAAGUAAAAUAGAAGCAGAGCUGAGCAACAGAAGGCGCUCGUCUGCAUGAAGCCCAUCCAUACUACCAGAAAUAAUAUUCAAAUUCGAUUACAUCUGUAAGGUUUCCCCCGUUUUUUGUUUCCACAGAUCUAAAAGGUAGUAAAAACAUAGCAACGACAACGCAUGGAGAGCAUGUUGUUUGUAGAACUCGGUCAUCACUUGAUGUUUUUUACCACUCUUCAUCUAGCGAUAAGGCUCUAAAUAUUUGUCGCGAGCUUCAUAGAAGUGAUCAUUUUCGAAUUGCAACCUCUAGUGAGUAACACCCCAUCCGUAGACGAGAUAAGAUGCAGCUUGAAACCUAUAGUUCGAUGGUGCCUGAUGCUACGCUAAUAAAAUUAUGGGAGAAGGAAUAUUCGCCUAGUGAAUGGAGCAAACGCUUUCCCACAGCGACAGAGGUCAUAAACUUUCACGUGAAAUUUAUUACCGAAGUGAGCAAGAAAAAUCGACAAGAACUAAGUUGUGAACUAGACGUGGAAUAUGGCAGUGGUGACAGUGAGAAAUUUGAUAUCUACGGCGCCAAUCUUCCGAGAGAUGCCCCAUUGUUCGUUUACAUACACGGUGGUUACUGGCAAAUGCUAUCCAAAACGGAUUCCGGUUACUGCGCAGAGCCACUCGUUGCUAAAGGGUAUAGAGUGAUUGUCCUGGACUACGAACUAUGUCCAAAUAUAACACUUGAAGAGUUGGUGAGCCAAAUUAAGCGGGCCGGGGAAUAUAUUCUCAACUACGCGGGGGAAAACCAUGUCAAACACAUUUCAUUUGCCGGACAUUCUGCUGGUGCCCACUUAAUAGCAGCUAUGUUAGAUCUGAGCUUUGCAACCACAGUGAAAGAUGAACUUCAAUUCAUUAAACAUGUCUAUCUAAUAUCUGGUGUGUUCCGAUUGGAUGAGUUACGUUUCACCAAGGAAGUGAACGAGAACAACCUGUUGUGUUUGAAUGACGAAAACAUUGCGAAUCUUUCACCACUGAACAGCGAUUAUCGACACCUAUCAAAUAGUGGGAUUAAAUUCCACGUGUACGUAGCAGAAAAUGAUAGCGCAGUGUUUAAACAAAUGUCCAAUGAUAUUCACAAACAUUUAGACAACUGUGGAAUCACCAGUUCUUUACAAAUUUUACCUGGCCUUGAUCACUUCGAUAUAGUAGAGAAGUUAUCAGAGAAAAGUCACUCCAUCACUCAUGCAAUAUUGGAAAAUUUUGAAUCGUGAUGUAAUGCGCAUUUCAAUGAAUUAAAUUGAAACAAGGAAAUUCAUAACAGCUUAUUUGUCUCUCAGGAUUUAGGACAUGAGAAAAACCCCAGAAUAAUCCACCUAUAUGAUGCCUUUCUCGCUUAUUAUAAAAUGUAUAGAGAUAAGCUCUUUAGAGAGGCCAAAGCAGCAC